UACUACAUCAGACGGACAACUUCGAACCAAAUCCCAGUAUAUAUUGAUUACAAGCGCGGAGGAAACUUGCUUCAGACGUUGAUCAGGAAGGUCGAGGGAGACCACCGGGCACUGCUUGCUGAAGUCCAGGAGAAGUUCAAAAUAGAUAAGAAGGACAUUAAGAUCAACCCUGUGACGAAGCAUAUCGUCAUCAAGGGAAACUACACCAGGAAAAUUAAGUGGUGGUUGCAUCGCAAGGGAUUUUAA